CCCCCCGGAAAAAAUCCCGGGGAUUCCUCGGGAGCGCCAUUCCCGAAGGAAACGGGAGAGCUGCAUGUUGGAAUUUCGGGGAUCCCGGCAGCCCAAAAUUCCCGCCGGGACACACCCGGCGAGGCUGGGGGCGGCUCCGGGCCGGGAGAGGCCGGGCCAGCACCGGGAACCUCCCCCGGAGCUCAUCCCAUCCCGCUCCGCCCUCCGAGAGCACCGGGAAUAUCAGGAACACCGGGAUGUCGCAGGAAGCCGAGCGGGGCCCCCUGCGCCGCCUGCAACGGAGGAGGGCGCGGUGCAAACGGUGCCAGGGCCGAUCCGCCAGCAUGGAAAAAGGCAGCGAGCCCUGCUCCAGCAGCUCGGCAGCAGCUCCAUCCGGCAGGCCGGGCUUCAAGGAGGAGUUGCUGUGUCCCAUCUGCUACGACCCUUUCCGGGAAGCCGUGACGCUGCCGUGCGGGCACAACUUCUGCAAGGGCUGCAUCAGCAGGUCGUGGGAGAACCAGCGGCACGCGUGCCCGCUGUGCAAGGAGAGCUCCUCGCUGGAGGAGCUGCGCGUCAACCACACGCUGAAGAACCUGGUGGAGCUGAUCCUGAAGGAAGAGGGGCAGCGGCAGAGCCGGGGCGCGGCGCCCUGCGCGCUGCACCAGGAGGAGGCCAAGUUCUUCUGCCUGGAGGACAAGGAGAUGGCGUGCUUCGCCUGCCAGAGCUCCCGGCAGCACGAGGGGCACAAGAUGAGGCCGGUGCAGGAAGCGGCGGCGGAUUUCAGGGCCAAGCUGGCGAACAUGGAGGCUUCCCUGCGGGAUAAGGCCAAGGAUUUCGUGACCGUGCGGCGAUCCUACGAAUCCAUCUUCCGGCACAACGAGGCGGAGUCGGAGCGGCUGGAGCGGCAGGUGAAGUGGGAAUUCGAGAAGCUGCACAAGUUCCUGUGGGACGAGGAGCAGGCGGUGCUGGCGCAGCUCCGGGAGGAGACGGGGCGGAAGCAGGAUCUGAUCCAGGGAAAGAUGGAGCAGCUGGCGGAGGCCAGCCAGGCCCUGCUCAACGAGGCCGCGCAGCUCCAGGCCGAUCUCAAGCAGGACGACUACACAUUCCUGAUGACCCACAAGAACCGCAAGCGGAGGAUCGCCUGCACGGCCGAGGAACCGGAAGCCGUUCCCUCGGGAAUGCUCCUGGACGUGGCCAAGUACCUGGGAUCGCUCCAGUACAACGUGUGGAAGAAGAUGCUGGACACCAUCACCGCCGUCCCGUUCAGCCUGGAUCCCAACUCGGCCGCCGGCUGGCUCUCCGUGUCCGAGGACCUCUCCAGCGUCUCCAGCUGCAGCUACAAAGCCUCCGUGGAAAACCCGGAGCGCUUCACCUCCGCCCCCUGCAUCCUGGGAUCCCGCGGCUUCUCCGAAGGCUUCCACACCUGGGAGGUGGACCUGGGCGGGCUGACCAACUGGAGGGUGGGCGUGUCCCGGCCCCACAAAGGCUCCCACUGGAGUUUCCACCACGAUUCCCGCUCCGGCUUCUGGUACAUCUACCACCUCCACGGGAAAGACGAGUGCCGGGCGUCCAACGCCGUGCGCUCGGAGGCGGCGCUGGGAAACAUCCGGCGGGUCCGGGUGGAGCUGGACUGCACCGAGGGGGAGUUGUCCUUCUACGACGCCGACCUCCAGAGCCACAUCUACACAUUCCACGAGAAGUUCGGCGGGGUCGUCUUCCCCUAUUUCUACGUGGGGAAUUCCCAGGGGGCCGCCGACACCAAGACGCUCCGGAUUUGCCCGCUCCGCGUCCGUGUCCUUGAGGACGUCCCGACCUAGGCGUCUCCUGCCUCCUGGUGGGGUUCUCCGGGUGCUCCUCCAGCUUUCCUGGUGGGGCUCUCCCAGGUGCUUUUCCAGCUUUUCCAGGAAAAAAAAAAAAAAAAGAAGCAAAAUCAGCAGGGAUAAAAAGGAACGUUUGUUUGUAAUGUCUCAGGUUUUUAUCGUUAAUAAACAUCAAUAAAUAUUAGAAAUAUUA